AUGGGCGUCAAAAAGUUCUUCAAGGAUCGCUCUCUGAAGGUGUCAGACAAAAAGGUCACCAAAGCAGCUGAGCUCUCGCUGCGGGAAAGCAUCUGGCCCAUUGCGCUUGUCACGGUGCUCUUCUUCCUCUGGGGCUUCAGUUAUGGCCUCCUCGAUACUCUAAACAAGCACUUUCAGAAAGUGCUUGACAUCGACCGUGCUCGAUCGGCCGGACUGCAGGCUGCGUAUUUUGGUGCUUAUCCUCUUGCGUCUUUGGGACACGCCGCGUGGAUUCUGCGUCACUACUCGUACAAGGCCGUGUUUAUCUGGGGUCUCUGCUUAUACGCUGUUGGUGCAUUGAUUGCUAUCCCGUGUAUCAAGGCAAAGUCUUUUGCGGGCUUUUGCAUGUCCAUCUUCAUUAUCGGAAAUGGUCUCGGUUCGCUGGAGACAGCUGCGAACCCAUUUAUCACCGUUUGCGGCCCCCCACGAUAUUCGGAAAUUCGCAUCAAUAUCUCCCAAGCCUUUAACGGUAUUGGCACAGUCAUUGCUCCCGUACUCGGCUCAUAUGUCUUUUUCAAUAACCUCGACGACAAUGCUGCAUUGGCCAACGUGCAAUGGGUCUACCUCUCCAUCGCCGUAUUUGUCUUGAUUCUGGCCUGUGCAUUCUACCUUUCCAAGAUUCCUGAAAUCACCGAUGCUGAUAUGGCCUUUCAAGCUCAUGAGACACACUCAGAAGCCGAUGAUAAGCCUUUUUGGAAGCAGUACAAGCUCUUCCACGCGUCGUUUGCUCAGUUUUGUUACACUGGUGCACAAGUCGCCAUUGCGAGUUUCUUUAUCAACUACGCUACCGAGAUGCGCCGGAAUACAUCAGAUUCGACAGGUGCCAAGCUUUUUGCCGGUGCGCAAGCGGCAUUUACAGUUGGUCGUUUCUUCGGAGUUCUUCUCAUGAAGUUCUGCAAGCCACGAAAGGUCUUUCUAGUUUUCCUGACCAUGUGCAUCGUCUUCAUCGGACCGCCAAUCGUCCACCACGGAGACGUCGGCGUCGCUUUUCUCUACAUUGUCCUCUUCUUCGAGUCGAUCUGCUUCCCCACCAUUGUCGCCCUGGGCAUGAGAGGUCUUGGCCGUCACACCAAGCGAGGAAGUGGUUUCAUCGUUGCUGGUGUUGUGGGCGGUGCUUGUGUGCCCCCGUUGACGGGAGCUGUCGCAGAUAUGCACAAUGUAGGCGUGGCCAUGGUUGUUCCCAUGAUGUUUUUUGUAGCGGCUUGGUCUUAUCCCCUCGCGGUGAACUUUGUUCCAUCCUACAAGAAGGUUGUGGAUGUUUUCUACGAGACAGAAAUUGGUCUGCAGGGACGUACUCUUGAUGAGGAGAAGAUCCAGGGUUCUCGAUUGGAGGAGAAGGAAACAGGCACAACAGCUGCUUGA